AUGAGCUCCAUUUUCAAAAAGAAAGGAGGGCCUGCCUUCAAACCCAAGAUCCCCGCCGCUCGACGCCCCGCGGCACCAGUACCCUCACAACCUCCCAAAGCACCACCAACUGCUUCUCUUCCGCACGACUCAAGGGAUUCAGAAGCUCAGGAUGUGUCCCAUCAACCUUUAGAAACAGCGUCGGCGAAGGACCCCGUGAGCUCACCGAUUGAAUCGCAAAUUCAAGGUUCUCGUGAACUUGGUCGUCAAUCUUCUACCCCACCAUCGACAAUCCAGGAGCCUGCAAAGCCGGACGAACAUGCUGCAACUGAAGGGUCUGCCCAAGAAAAGUCUCCAGAAGAAACGCAAAGUGAACUUGCGAACCAAAAUACCGAGCGGAAUCCUGAAACAAUCGGAGUGCCUUCCACGGCUGCCCAAGCGACAACCUCGAGCGAGCAACAAAGUCAACAGCCUCCUGCGCAGUAUAGUGAGACUCACUCAAGUAGUACCGACGAUGCUCCGUCUCCUGUUCUGCAAACACCAACUCCAGAUGACUCGGAAGGCCCAAGUGGAACUGAUCUUUCAAAUACACCAUCUCUCCCCGCUGCUGACUUGAAUCAUACACCCGAAGAGACCUCAGGAGAACCGCAGAAUGUGCCCCGAUCAACGCGUAGGCCACGGACCAGGAAACAGAGUAACCAGGUAACCCAGGAUGAGGUUGAAAAAGAGGGAGGCUCGAAAACGAAGAAACGUCAGAGGAAAACUGAUGAACAAAGCGCGGCAUCCAGACAGCCCAGAAAACGCAGGACUACCCAGAGCGGUACAAGUACACCCAAAAACAGACGCGCGCGCUCACUUACGCCAGAAGAUUCAGAAUCUCAACUGGUGGACUUACAGAAGCUUAAGAUGGCUGAUUUAACCAAGGAUCUUCACAUUGGAAAGAAAUUCAGCAGACAUGAUGAGCUACGAGAACGAGAGAGGCGGGCAAGAAUGAAGAUCAAACUUGGAGUUGACGGCGAACGUGACAGCUCAGCAACCCCCGAAGACGGCGGCCAAGGAGGGAAAGUUGGAAGCCCCGCUGCAUCCUCGCCAGCUCCUUCGGUUUCAGCUCCGGUUGCACCUUCAGGACCUCAAUUCCGUAUUGUUGAUGGGCAGAUCGUGAUCGACCAAAGCUCGUUGGCUGUAGACAGACAUGCUCGAGCAGCCGCUGCAGCCGGAGAUAUGGAAACAGUCGAAGAAAACGACUUCACGCGCCUCAUCACCAGCAACUCGUUCAUGAACACCUCCAAACUUAAGGGCCCCAAUAUCUGGACCGACGCAGAGACGGAGCUCUUCUAUCGCGGUCUGCGCAUGCUUGGUACGGACUUUGAGAUGAUUUCCAAAAUGUUCCCGGGCAAGCAGCGGCGUCAUGUCAAACUCAAAUUUAAUCGGGAGGAGCGUCACUGUCCACAACGCGUCAACGCUGCUCUCAUUGGCGAGAAGACGGUAAAGAUCGAUCUAGAAGAGUACAAGGCUUUCACCGGUAGCGAGUUUGAGCCAGUGGCAGACAUCGAGGCUGAACAACGCAAGAUCCAGGAAGAAUACGAGGCCGAGGAGAAACGUCGAGCUGACGAGCAGGCCGAGAUCAUGCGCAAGAGACGAGAGGAGCUGUUCAAGGACGAUGACGAAGGUGACGCGAAGAAAAAGAAGAGGAAAAAGAAGCAGGCAGUAGCCUACGGUCUAAACGGUGAACCCAUUGCUCAAGAGGCUUGA